AUGACGCCUCCUACAUCUUCUAUCAUGUUUGGAGAUGCCUCUUCUAAGUCUCCACUUGGUCUAAUCAAGGAUUACCCUUUAAAGAUAGGAGACUGCAAGGUUCCAACUGAUCUGACUGUUUUGGGUAUGUAUGGAGAUAAGGAGGUACCAUUGAUCCUUGGAACACCAUUCCUUACAAUUGUUGGAGCCUCAAUUGACUUUCACAAGAAGCUGGUCACUCUCCACAAUAUCAACAGCAAGCAAGGUUGCAUACCCAAUGAAGGUUUCUUCAACAAGUUAUUGUGGAACCAUAACCAUUGUCAAUUCCAGCUUCAAGAAGGACAAGGUUGA